GGUUUCACGAACACCUUCACGACGGCCUGGACCCUGCGCAAAGAGUGGUCGAACAACCCGCGCGCCGUCCUGGACGAGCAGGCCGCCAGCACGGGCCAGGUCGCCGCCGCGGGCCCAGGCGAGGCAGCCACCACAGGCAAGGCCGCUGCCACAGGCCAAGCCGCCACCGCGGGCAAACCCGCUGCCGCAGGCCAAGCCGCCACCGAGGGGAAGCCAGCCGCCGACGCUGCCAAGCACCUCGACGAGACGCCUGCUCGGAAGAAGUCGAGGCUGGCCAAGGAAAAAAAGGAGUCGGCUGCACAGGAACGCUUGGCCAUGGAAACGAAGGAAGCCAAAGAUAAGGCGAAGCGCGACAUCAUCGCAGCACGGAAAUGUUACCAGCGCUAUUUGAGUUUGACAUCCAGCGCCAGCCUCCUGCAGACAAACAUGGAGAAGCGGGCAGAAUGGGCGUGGGCCAAGACCGACCCAGAGACGCCGACGAUGCAAACGAAGUUGGAGGCCGUCAUGGCCAUCAUCAACUCGAGCGACCUACUUCCGAAGACCAUGGCGGCGGAGUUUCCCAAGCUCAAGUCGGUCUUGGGCACGCAGUAUCUCAAGGGCAUUGCUGAGCUCGUGAUGCUGAACCCGAAGCUCGACGGCCUCGCGCAGUCCUGCAAUAUUUUAAUGAACCUCCACGAGGUCAGGGCGAUGAACCAGGCUGAGAUUAAGCAGGAGGCGUAG